AUGAGGUGCUUUCCACCAUGUUUUCGAACUUCUAAACGUCGCAACCAAUUGCGUUCCAAGGAUGCAACUCUCGCACAAACCCAUGUGGGAGAAGGAGCUGUUGAGCCUCUUGCACGGCAGAAGACUGCUGUUGAAGAACUCAUUGAUUGCAUAGCAGAAUCAAAAAUAAGAAAUGAAGAGCAAUCAAAUAACAGUGUUGAAACCAAGGAGGAGCGGGAAAAAGAGUCAAGGGAAGGGGAAGCACCGCAGAUAGAUGAGAAGAAGGAUGACCAUGAAGGAGAUCAUGAGAUUAGUGAAAAAUCGCAUCAAGAAGAGUCUUCAGAGUCACUGUUCUCUCUGUCCGUUUGUUCUAGAAAAAAAGUUUCAGAUGCUGAAACUGUGGAGCCUGAAGUCAAUAGUCCAAUACAACUGGUAUGCACAAGAGAGGUACCUCAAGCAUUAGGGUCAUCCCCAAGUGCACCACUUCAAAAUGUUUCGUCCAUUCUGAGUCUACCUGAAAAUUUUGCCCAAGAAAAGGCACCUUCUAAGGAGAAGGAGGAAGAAUAUUCUGACAAGGGACAAAUCAAGAAGUUGGACGAUAAGGAAAGGGAAAAAGGGAAAGCAACUCACCCUGUGCUAAAGUAUAGGUACAGAGACUGCCCGGAUGACGAAUACGAUGAUGUUAGUUUAGAUGUAAGUGAUUUGGAUGCUACGCUCGAAGAUGAAGAUCCUCACAGUGAGAAGAGAGAAAGGGGGGAAGAAGGCGCUGAUGUUAACCGAACAUGGGUUCAAGAAGAGUCUUCAGAAUCUCUGUUUUCUCUGUCUGCUGAUUCCAGAAUACGGAUUUCAUCAGCUGAAGCAGAGAAUGAAGUUAACAGUCUAAUGUCAGCCCAUGCUACAACCCAGAUCACACAAGAAGAAAGACAAGGAAAGAAACCAGAUGUUUACUCAGUGCUAAAUCCAAUUGAAAAUCUUACCAAAGGGAGGGUAGUCAAAGCAACAGAGGUACAUCCACUGGAGAUCGAUAAAGAAAACAUCAACUUGGUAGAUGUUAACAUACCCAUUAGUCCACAGCCUACUUUGAAGCUGUCAAAACGCAAGACUAGGCAGUUCAGUGACAACAAACGAAGCCAAGAAAUUGGGGUAGACACCAGCCUCUCGAGCUGGUUGGUUGAAUCGGAAACCACACCUAUUUCUCUUGAUAGAACCAGUUCUGUAGGAGAACAUACACCAAAAGGAAGAAGAGGUUCACCGUGGAGUCACGAGGACAGGCCAAUUUUAGGAGCAUUAACAGUUGAAGAAAUCAGGAUGUAUUCUUUAUCUGCAUCUUCAAGAAAGUCUAGAAGCCAGAGUCCAGACGAGACACCCAUCAUAGGUACUGUUGGAAGCUACUGGAGUCACACUGAACAGAGCAUGGAUUUGCAAUUCAACAAAACUGGAAAGGAUGUAACACCAAGGAGGAGUUCAACGGCAUUUCAGACAAGACUAGAAGCAGUAUAUGAUGCUAGUGUUUCAGAUGUUUUGAGCAAAGGGCCAAAGGGUUCAACCCUGGAAGAAUGUUGA